AUACGAACAGUUUUGGGAAAAUUCUCCCACCUAACCUCACUUUUGACAGUUAUGUCAUUGCUGUCACCUCACGAAUUUUGUAAUUUUGCCCUUGUUUCACCCUUUUAACUGCAAUGAACGUGGCGAGGCUAUACCAGGGCGCCCUUCGGGGCAUUAUCAAGAGGUCUCUAAACUUGGAAACCCGCAAAUUGGGCGUUAAUUCGCAAAGUUUCCACCACACGGGGGCUCACGUCCGCCAAAUGUCCACCGUUGGUGCCAAACAAUUGCAUAAGGAGGACGGUUUGGUUAAAAAAAUUUUGAAAAAAAUCUCCUUUUUUAACGUGAACAAAACGCGAUUGAUGGCAGCGGCCUACUUCCUCUACGAACACAUCGCAGAUCGGGUCAAUUAUAUCAGUUUUUUUGAAGAGUUGGACAUGUCUGAUACGUUUUACUCGUGGUUCGUUAUCACCGAACUGCACAUUUGGAUGAUUUCGGCGCGGGUGAUGGCAGAGGGUGAGGACGGGCGCCACUUGAGGAAUUUCCUAGUCGAGGCGCUUUGGAAUGACGUUGGGCAAAGGAUUAAACAACUGGGGGCGUUAAGUAACCCGUCUGUGGCCCGCGAACAGGUCAAGGAGCUCUCUGAGCAGCUGCAAGCCGCCUUGAUUGCAUACGACGAGGGGCUGCAACGGGACGACACUGUCCUAGCGGGGGCUCUGUGGAGGCGGUUGUACCAACAGGGGGAUGUGGACCCCCGAUCGUUGGAAAUCCUAGUCAAAUAUGUGCGAAAACAGAUGCGACUUUUGGACCACUUGCCAACGGAGAGUCUGACGAGUGCCAAGUUCGACUGGACUCCGUUAGAUAAAUAGUUAAAAUAAAUAGUAUCAGUGUUUGA